AUGUGUGAUGCACCACCAGUGGAUGACAGAGAAGUGACCAAACAUAUUAAAAAACUCAAAACAGACAAAAGCCCUGGUCCUGACGGCAUACAAAAUGAAAUGUUAAAAGCCGGUGCUGUCAUAUUAGCCCGCCCACUAGCAUAUCUAUUCAAUAAAGUUUUUUACACAGUUUUACACAUCCUUCUCUACAAAAAAGGAGACCCUCAAGAUAUAGCAAAUUACCGCCCUAUUAGCCUUCUUUCAAGUGUGUACAAAUUAUUUACAUCAGUUCUACAGAGCCGAUUGAGUCCAAAGAUAGAUGAAUUCCAACCGGUAGAACAAGCGGGAUUUCGUUCAGGAUUUUCAACAACGGACCACAUACAAGUUAUGCAACAAAUCACAGAAAAAUACAGAGAAUUGAAUAGACUGAAUGAAUACAUUGCUUUCAUCGACUACACUAAGGCGUUCGACACUAUCUCUCACGAUGCAAUUUGGGAAGCUCUGAAUAAAUAUCAAAUUCAAGAAAAUUAUAAGAGAAUACUGAAAAACAUCUACAAUAAUAGCGUAAGUCAAGUAAAACUAGAAGUACGAGGUCCUGAUAUACCAAUCUUCAGAGGAGUGAGACAAGGCGACCCCUUCCCACCCAAAUUAUUUAUACUAGUAUUUGUACAACAAAUUUUCGAUAAUAUCAACUGCCAGUCGAUGGGGAUAAGAGUCAAUCAAGCCCGACUCACUCACCUCAGAUUCGCGGACGAUAUUGUCCUAUUUGCUGAAACAAGUAAAGAACUAGAAGUAAUGAUAAAUAUCUUAAAUAAAGAAAGCGAAAAGGUUGGACUAAAAAUGAACGAGAAUAAACGAGUUACAAAGGUCAAUUUUCGUAUCAUUAUCAAGAACAACAUUCGGCAGAUAUUCAACGUACCAAGGCGCAAUGGUUCGUACUCUAUCACACAACAUCAGCACGACUGCCUGGUGAUAGGCGCGGGCGGGGCUGGCUUACGUGCCGCAGUCGCUCUUGCGGAGGGAAAGUUUUCUGUUGCCUUAGUCAGCAAACUGUUCCCCACAAGGUCCCACACCAUUGCCGCUCAGGGUGGAAUGAACGCUUCCAUAGGCAGCAUGCAUGAAGAUGACUGGCGUUGGCACUUCUACGAUACUGUUAAGGGAUCAGAUUGGCUUGGCGAUCAGGAUUCAAUCCAGUACUUGACUCAAAAUGCACCCAAUUGUGUAUUUGAGUUGGAGAAUAUGGGAAUGCCUUUCUCAAGGACCAAGGAAGGAAAAAUCUAUCAAAGAUCCUUUGGAGGUGGCACUAUAAAGAACGGGAAGGAAAUGGCAAAGAGAACAUGCGCUGUGGCCGACCGAACCGGUCACGCGCUUCUUCAUACAUUAUACGGAUAUUGCACGAAGUUUAGUAAGAACAUUGAUCUAUUCAAUGAGUUUUUUGUUCUGGAUUUGAUGCUUCAAGACGGAGCUGUGGUGGGAGCUCUCGCUAUUGACAUGGACGAUAGUAGUCUUCACAGAUUUCAAGCCAAAAACACCGUGAUAGCAACGGGAGGAUACCCACGGAUGUAUUUCUCUUGCACUGCGGCGCACACUUGCACUGGUGACGGUGGUGCCAUGUGCUCUCGAGCCGGUAUCCCGCUUCAGGAUCUAGAGUUUAUUCAGUUUCAUCCCACUGGCAUGUAUGGAUCUGGCUGCCUCAUGACGGAAGGUUGUCGAGGUGAAGGGGGUUACAUCGUCAACAGCGAAGGCGUGCGUUUCAUGGAGAAGUAUGCUCCCAAAGCUAAAGAUCUGGCGAGUCGUGAUGUCGUCUCAAGAUCUAUCGCUACAGAAAUUCGUCAAGGAAGAGGAGUAGGUCCGAAGAAGGACCACGUGUAUCUACAACUUCACCACCUCCCGGCGGAAGUCAUCCGUGAACGCCUGCCUGGUAUCUCAGAGACGGCGUGGACUUUCACCGGGACCGAUGUGUAUACGCAGCCUGUGCCUAUCGUGCCCACCGUUCACUACACUAUGGGGGGCAUUCCUAUCAACUGGAAAGGAGAGGCAUUGGCGUAUAAAGGUGCAGAUACGGUGAUACCAGGACUCCACUCAGCCGGAGAAGCGGUCAGCAACUGCCAUGGUGCCAACCGUCUUGGCGCCAACUCCAUACUGGAUGUAGUUGUCUUUGGAAAGUCGAUUGGUCUUAACAUGGCGAGAAUUGCCAAGCCUGGAGAGACACUACCAACAUUGAGAGACAACAUUUGUGAUGAAAUUCUGGACAAUUUUGAAAAAAUACGCUCAGCAAAAGGAUCAGUAUCGGUUCAUGAGCUGAGGGCAAAAAUGAGAGCCACCAUGCAAAACAAGUGUGGUGUAUUUAGAGACAAUAAACUGCUGUCGGAAGCCAACACUGAGAUUCAGAAAUGGUACCAGUGUUUCUUUGAUAUCAAAGUGACUGAUCAGCGCAAAAACUGGAACAGUGAUUUGAUUGAAGCACUGGAAUUGCAGAACAUGUUGCAAACUGCUGUUCAGGUGGUGGCUUGCGCCCUAAAUAGGACUGAAAGCCGUGGAGCGCAUUUCAGGGAUGACUUUCCUAAGAGAGAAGAUGAAAUGGAUUAUAGCAAGGAUACUAAAGGACAGACGGCGAAACCGAUUGAACAACACUGGAGAAAGCACAGUCUGUCCACGUUGGACGUGAAGACCGGUAAAGUCGCUAUCACGUACCGACCCGUUAUUGAUACAACGUUGAACACCGAGGUGCAAACAAUACCUCCCGUACCGAGAGUUUAUUAG